AUGGAGGGUCUCGACGGUGGUGGCCGGUGGUGGUUGUCUGCGAGAGGCGGCGGAUCUCAGUGGCUGACUAUGCCUGGAGGUCGGACUGCGUCUAGAAGUCGAUGGUUAUGCUUUUCGCAGGUGUCAAGUGGUGCGCGCCGGUCGCCGCCUUGCUAUCGGACGGAUCGGCUUCGCCGGAGACGAGCCGCGGCGGUCGGUAGAAGGACAGUGACGGGCUGGUUUGUGCAGAAGAGAGAGAGAGGAAGAGAGUGGAGUGGAAUGGUGAUGGCGGGGAACUCCGGCGGCUGUGGUGCGUCACUCCAGCGGUGGCGGGAUUUUUUUCCGGCGGCCGGGAAUAUAUGUGUUACUGUGUAA